AUGUGUGAUCUUAUAGAUUUAAAUAGUCCUGACAGAAAGAGUUCAUUAAGCUCAAGACUUGCAUCGCCUUUAAUACCAAUUCCUACAGAUACUAUAUGCAAUAAUUAUAAUAUUCGAACCAAUGAAUUAAACUCUUUGAUGAUAGGAAAACGUGAUAGUUUAGAAAAUAAUCCUUUUGAUAUGGUACUGCAUAAAACUACAGAAUAUAUACAAAAGAAGGAUGAUCCAUUUGAAAUGACCUUAGAGAAAGCAAUGAGAAUACAAUGCAAAAAUAAUACUUCAUUUAGAACUUCUUCUUUUGAUUUAACAGAUAACUAUGUUCAUAAACAAAAGAUGCAUAAGCAAAAGUUAAAAAUAAAUAAAACAUUAGAUGAUUCUUUGAUUAAUGAUGAAUUAAAUCAAAACAAUGUAGCUACUAAUAAAAUAUCUAAUGAAAGUAUAACUGUUGAUUCAAGUAACACUAAUGCAUUAAAAGAUGAUUUGAAAUCAGAUAGUGUCAUACCUACCAUUGAUGUUCAAUAUAUUGAUUUAUCCAUUUUACAUCAAUCUGUGAUGAAUGAUACAUUAUUCGAAGUAGAUAACAAAUCAUAUAAGAACCAAAUAAAAUCUACUUUACAAGAUAAAAUGUUAAUACAUACGGAAGAAGAUAAAAUAAGUUUUGAACAGUUUCCAUUACCUGAUACAACUUUGAAAAUUCCAAAACUUCGGCGGUCUCUUUCGCAAGGAGAGGCACUAUCUCCAAAAAAAUCACAAUAUUUAAAUCAAAUAUCACUUGGAACUUUGCGAAUUGGUUCUAACAGUAGAAGUAUUAAAUCUUCUUCAAAUUCAACAGACAUGCUAAAUGAAGGAUUUAUAAAAAACCAUUCUAAUGAAAGUUCUAUAUUUUCCAGUUUAUCAAAUAUUUCUUCUAUACCUAAAUUAAAUUCUGUUUCUUCAAUUUCAAUUGAUUCAUCAAUAAUGUUAUCAAAUGGAACUAUUAAUCGGACAUUUUUAGAAAGCUGUUCAUCAGAAAAAUCAGAAAAUACAAAAUCAAGUGAAAAUAUAGUGCUUAAUAAAGAAAAAUCAAUAUUACCAGCAGCAAAAGAUGUAACAUCAACAGUAAUAAAUAUAUCAACAAAAACUUCAAUGUCUGAUUUAACAGAUCAAUUUAAAAAACUCAAAGCCAGAAUAUCAGAGAUUCAUGUUCCUGAAAGUUCCAUAAAUAUUAACAAUGAACUCACAUGUAAUUCUUCCAAUGGUAUAAAAGAAUGUGUAACUGUAAUGGAAAAAAAUAGUGUAUGUGGCAUAAAUAGUAAAUUAAUAGAUGUUGAUGUAUUUACACCAGAAAAUAAUUGUAAUAAAGAAAACUCUAAAAGUUCUUUUUCAGAUAUAUCAUCAGAUUCUGUAUUUGUUGAAGGGAAUAAAAUUAAUAAAUCAAUACUUCAAGAAGCAAAAGUUCUUGCAAGAACAUUUGAAGAAUUAGCUUUAAGAACCAGUUCUGAGUCAAGCAUUGAUGAUCUCAUUACUAACAAUCCUUCAUGGACAUUAGAAUUAUUGCCAGCAUUUGAUGAUGAAGCUUCAGUUGAAAAUUUAAUUGAAUUACCGAAAUCUCCUGAUGGGACUGACACAAAAUCAAAAGAUGUAAAAGUUACAGAAAAUAAAGACAAUGAUGAAAAAGACGAAUUUAAUAAUAAAGUAAAAGAAAAUGUGAAAAAUUUAGAAAUGGAACUUGUUGAACCAGUAUCAACAGAAAAACGUCUUACAGCAAUAACACUUUUAUUAGAUCUUAAGAAAUUAAUUGAAACAGAAAGUAAUACAGAAGCAAAUAAAUUAUUGGAAAAUUUGGAAAAAGCUUUAGGCAUCAAUUGUGAGAACAAUACUGAAUUAUUAACUACGUGUCUUAAUAUAACCAAUAAUUUAGCAAAAAGUCCACAAAAAUCAAGUAGCAAUUUAGAAAUAAUAAAGAAUGUUGCAGAAAAUAAUAUGGAACAUAGUCAAGAAGAUAAUUUGAUUGGUGAUUCAACAGAAAGUAUUAAAGAAUCAGUAUUCAUUAAAAACGUAAAUUUUAACAAUGUAAAUACAAAUAAAUGUAUUCAUAAUCAAAAGCACCUGAAUGAUGUAAAUAAUAAAUGUGAAUGCAAAUGUGAAAUUUUAAAAACAGAAGCAGGUACUAAUAUAAACAAUGAGAAAGAUGAAAAUAAAAUUAAUGUGCCAGAAAUAUCUGAAGAAGAUUCUUCUAGUAAACAGAAAAAUAACAGUUUAACGAAUGAAAAGGCAGUAGUUGAACUACUUGCAAAUAUAGGAAAAUUAUUAUGUGAACAAACUAAAGGACAUUCAACUUUGAACAUACUUGAAAAUUUAGGACAAGUGUUAAAUUUUGCUUCCAAUAAUUGUAAUCUUGCUAAUGACAGAAAAACUGAAAGUGUUUGUAUAAGAAACCAACAAACUCCAAGAAAAUCAAAAUUAAAGCUUGAAAAUAAAACACAUUCGUCAUAUCUAUCGAAAUCAUCUAGUAGAUUAAGUUUAAAUGUAGAAUCAAAGAAACAACCAGUUAGUAAAAAUUUUAUCAGGAGAAGUGUAUCAGUAUCUCAAACACCACCAGUUAAGAAUGAAUCCAAUUCUUUAAUAUCUACUAGCAAAAGUACAUCUCAACUGAAUGAAGUAACAAAACGUUUUCCUAGUGAUCCUAGUUUUAUUAGAUCAACAUCAAAUAAAAAAAUCAUUACAAGCAAUAGUAAAAAUCUAUUACAAAAAGAUGCAGAAAUAACAAAAACGACUACAGCAUUAGAUUUGCGAAAAGAAAAGUCGUCGAUAAUAAGUACAGUCAAAAAUAAAUUGAAGAAAAAGAUUGAUAUUAAUGUCACAAAUAAAAAAGGACCAAUGAAAGCUGUUCUUCCUGUAGGAAAUAUGCAAAAAAGAGAAACUGUUAACACAAAAAUAAUUUCGUCUACUGAUACUAUAACACCACCUCAGUCUCAUAAAAUAAUUAGUAGUACACCUAAUUCAACAAAUAAUGGACUUCCAAUAAAACAAUCACGAUCUUCAAAACCGGUUGCUUCAUCAACUCCAGAUACACAAAAUUCGAAAAUGCGAAAGAUACAGUCACAAAUAAUUAGCAGUCCGAAAAAGCGUAACUUUUCUUGUGACAUUUCACCAGUAACUACACGUGUAAAUGUUAAUAGUAAUAAUCGAACAAAUAAUAGUCCACGAAGAAGUAAUAAAUUACCAUCUCCAAAGAAAACAACGCCUAAACGUCGCCCGAUAGAAUCUGGUAUUCCAAAAUCACAAACACCUCCCAUAAGUAAACGAUUAAAUUCUUCAUUUGAAGUAAAAAACGAAAAUAAUACGCAACAAAGUCCAUUGAGGGAAAAUAACAAACUUGUUUAUAAAGUAAAGCCGAUGAAUUUGAUUUCAAAACUUCGGCGGCACAGUAUUGGUACUAAUGUGAUAGACAAAGAAAACGCUUAUAUUUGA